AAAUAUGGCCAGCAGGAUUCACUGGAGGCGGCACGGCAGCUCGACGAUGCGAUCGCACCAGCCAAGCGGCUAGUUGCCUUUGGCAAAUGGGACCUGUCCAUGCCCGAAGAGCAAGGUCGUCGCUUUCCGCAUUGGCAUGCGGACUCACCUUUUCAGGAAUGCGAGGACUUCAUUAGAGCGCUGGAGAAGGAGAGGAAGCGCGACGGCGUUGAAGCUUAUGUGGAUGCUAGCAAGGAAGGCGCACCGCUAUACCAGAGACGCGGCUUUGUAGAUUUCAGUCUUCCCGGCUCUGAAGUGGCCGCGAUGGCUCGCGGCAAGAAAACUGCAUAA